UCAGUGUAAAGUGGAAAUUCGUGAUUGUUGGACGUUGAUAAUGUCGGUGAUUUGUAAGAAAGCUCCACCAUCGGAGAUUGUAAGAAAAGCAGCCUUUGAGGGUGUUGAGGAUCAUAUUUUCGUUGAGAGAAUUGAAAGACCGAAGGAUAUUGCUGUUGCUGCAAAAUGGUGCAUGGCUCCAUGCUUUAUGCCUGUGUACUUUGAAGAAGCUGCCCAGAGAAUUGUAGAUUUUCCUGUGAGACCAGACGAUGUGUGGAUUGUGUCGUAUCCAAAGUGUGGCACUACAUGGACACAAGAAAUGAUAUGGUUGAUAUGCAACAAUCUCGAUUAUGAGGGUUCAGCAAAAAUUAGUCUUGUUGAGAGAUUUCCUUUUCUUGAAAUUGGUCAUAUGCUAUCGCGAGAUUGGCCAAAUGAGGAUAACAUUGCAAAGGUGGAGAACAAUCCAUCACCGAGAUUUAUAAAAUCCCAUCUUCCAGCUCAUCUCUUGCCAACUGAAUUGUGGACAGUUAAGCCAAAGAUUGUCUAUGUUGCAAGGAAUGCAAAGGAUGCAGCUGUUUCCUUCUACCAUCAUCACGUUAAUAUUCAUUACUACAAAGGAGGCUUUGAGGAUUUCAUGGAUACCUUCUUGGAUGAUAAGCUAAUGUAUUCCCCUUAUCAUCCACAUAUUCUUGAUUUCUGGCACAUGAGAAAUGAGGAGAAUAUUCUUUUCUUAACGUACGAAGACAUGAAGAAGGACCUCCCAACUGUUAUUCGACGUAUGAUGAAAUUCUUUGGAAAAAACUAUACCGAAGAUCAAAUUCAUCAACUAGCUGAUCAUCUGUCCUUUUCAAAAUUCUCAAAGAAUCCUUCGGUGAAUUUGGAGGGUCUCCUGAAAGGACUCGAGAAGGCCGUGAAUAUUAAAAUGAAAGACCAAAAUUAUAAAUUCGUCAGACGAGGAGAUUGCGGUGGAUUUAGGGACGAAAUGAGUGAUGAACUCAUUGAAAGAUUUGAUAAAUGGACCGAAAGUGAAAUGAAAAGGUUAAAUUGUGAACCUGAGCUUAAGGAAAUAUUUUUCCUCAACGAAAAAUAACAAAAAGAAUUUGUCAAAAUUAUAUUUCCAAAAAUUAUACUUAGAAGGGUAAUCAUAAAAAAAAAGUUGAUUUUUUUUAUCAUUUUGUAAUGCUUUGUAUUAAAAAUAAAUAAAUAAUAAAUUUCUUCUGCCUA